AUGUGGACUAUGGGAGCUUUCGUCAUCUUCUCCAUUGCAUUGAGUGAUGCCAAGCUUUUCGACGGCGUGGAUAUUGGCCCUCCUGGGCAACUCGACCUAAUCGAGGGUUCAAUGCCUCAGGAGACGACUAAGCCAUUCAGCUUCAGUGAUCUGACCCUAUCUCCCACAUAUUU